GCCAGGCAGGCCGCGCAUAUUCAUUCACGCACACUGCUACGUAGUUCGUUAAGCGUGUGGCGCGGUCUGCAACUUUUAUUGUUUUUUUUUUCAACUUCUCAACAAGCCAACCUCUUGUUUGGACGUCUUUUACCUGCGUGUGCUUAAAAUUUGUAAACUUUUAGGCAUUUUGUAUGUAAUAGUUAAGAUUUAAUAGUGCUUAUAGAAGUUUUUUAGUAAUAAAAUUCGAAGUGAAAUCUCCGAAGAACCAGCUGUUGUAAUAAACGGCAAUAGCCUCGUUUAAUGUCAACAAAUAAAUAAACAGUGAUCGGGACAAGUUGCGUUCGAAACAAAAAAGUAUUGUGAUGAAUUAUACAAUGGUCUAAACUGGAAAUCCAGGACGAGAAUGGACUUCGUUCAUCGCUAUUGGAACGUGAAUUUCGUAGCGAGAGUGGCGGCUUCACCCACAUAACAUUUAUGAACUAAUAAGAAUACUGUUAUCAAGAUGUGGGGUAUAUACAAAGUGGCAGCUAUUAUUUUCUUCGGUGCCCUCAGUAAAGGCGAACUUCCUGAAGAUGAUUUCAGGAUAAUCAAUAGACAAGACUUGUUGGCGUCUGAUAGUGAUAUCUUUGAAGAUAAGGACGGCAAAUCAUUUUCGCAACUGCUUUUCGAUGUGGCAAGGGACCAGGUGAUAGUGGGCGCGAGGGACACCCUGUAUCGCCUCUCCCUCCGAGGUCUCCGUUCGCUGGAGCGUGCAGAAUGGCCCGCAGCUAGCGACAAAGUGAAGCAAUGUCAAGACAAGGGCCAGACCGAGGAGAACUGCCACAAUUACAUCAAAGUACUGCUUUCAUACGGCCACAAGCUGUUCGCGUGUGGGACCAACGCGUUCAGUCCAGUUUGCAGUUGGAGAGAGAUUGAAUCGUUGAACAUGGUAUCAGAAUGGAUGUCAGGCGUCGCGAACUGCCCCUACAAUCCUGACUCCAACGUGACCGCGAUAUUUGCCAGCAGCGGCGAGUACUAUGCCGGGACACCAACUGACUUCACCAGCUCUGAUACUGCUAUUUGCAGGAGUCAAGGAGCAUCCCCACGAGACUCUAGUAUGCUUCGGACGACGCAGUACGAUCUCAAUUGGCUCAAUGAACCACAAUUUGUGGGUAGUUUCGAAGACGAUUAUUUCGUGUACUUUGUCUUCAGAGAAGUUGCUGUGGAAUACUUAAACUGUGGGAAGAUCAUAUAUUCACGUAUCGCUCGUGUAUGCAAAAAUGAUUCAGGCGGUCACCUGAUGAUGAAAAAUAACUGGAGUACCUUCCUAAAAGCCAGGCUCAAGUGCGCAGUACCCGGAGAUGUACCAUUUUACUAUGACGAAGUACAGAGCGUGGAAUAUUUGUCGCAAGAGAAGAUUCUCGUCGCUGUCUUUACUACGCCUGAUAACAGCAUAGCCGGCAGUGCAGUGUGUAUUUAUAACAUGUCAGACAUACACUUAGCCUUCGAAGGGCCUUACAAAGUAAAGGACUCGCCGAUGUCCACUUGGGAACCGCGGACACCUUCUCGGCAAGCCAGGGAACAUUUCCGUUGUAAUCCAGACACUAGACCCCAUCAAUCCAUUGAGUACCACAAAUACCACUUAAUGCACGAAUCAAUACAGCCUAUAUCCGGCGAGCCCGUAUACAAAGCGACGCCAGAGAGAUUCACACACGUGACCGUCGAUGUUGCCAACACGAAAAAUGUUGCUAAACAACUAGUUGUAUUCGUUGCGACGCAGAAUAAUGACAUUUUAAAACUGGCAAUAUUGCCGAAGUAUGAGGGCGCCUGUGUAGUGGAGAUUUGGAAGAUGAAAGAUAAGAAGGGUGGAUUUGACAUACUGUCGAUGCAGUUCGUAAAAGAUACUAUGUCCCUCUACAUCGGAAGCGACGAAGGCGUGCUGCGCAUAUCUAGCGAGCGCUGCUCCCGAUACAAGACGCGGUCGAGCUGCGUGGGCGCGGCCGACCCGCACUGCGGCUGGGACGACGCGCGCGAGCUGUGCGUCCGCGCGCACGCGCACCUGCACGAGGCGUACUUCUCGCAGAGCACUGCCAGCUGCCCCUCCGUCAGUAUGCCCGUGGCCGGCGGCUGGUCGGCGUGGUCGGCGUGGGAGGCGUGCGUGCAGCACGGCGCGGCGCCCGCGCUGUACGACGGCGCGCCCGACACGUGCGCGUGCCGCACGCGGCGCUGCGACAACCCGCGCCCCGCGGCCGGCGGGGACGCCUGUCGAGGUGCCAGUAUAGAGGUGACCAAUUGCACCGUGCACGGAGGCUGGUCGGCCUGGUCCGCCUGGUCCGAGUGCUCCACCUCCUGCGGUAUCGCUGUGAAGUCCCGCCGACGAUCCUGUACCUCCCCGGAACCUCGCUUUGGAGGUCGUGUGUGCGUCGGUCUAGAUACCCAGGAUAUGUACUGCGCCAAUUUAGCUCCUUGUCCUGACCCCGCCCUGGCGCCCGUGGACGGGUCGUGGUCGGCGUGGGGCGCGUGGUCGGCGUGCGCGGGCGCGGGCUGCGGCGCGGGCGCGGGCGCGCGCGAGCGGCGCCGCUCGUGCGACAGCCCCGCGCCGCAGCACGGCGGCGCCGACUGCGACGGCCCGCGCGCCGAGCGGCAGGCCUGCGACCUGCGCCCGUGCGAGCUCAGGAAGGCCACCGCCUGGACGCCCUGGGUGCAGAUACCUAGUAAUACAUCUGACGGAAGUUAUACUGAAAAGAGAUUCAAGUUUCUGUGCAAGGCGCCGACGCCGGAACAGAUCAGAUUAUCGCUCGCUCGCGAGGAGGAACGCUACUGCAACUCGCGAGGUACGUGCAGCAGCAGUCCGCCCGCAGAGGACGGCGCGUGGGAGGCGUGGGCUCCCUGGGGGGCCUGCUCUGCAGCGUGCGGCGGAGGCCAGCAGGCGCGAACAAGGCGCUGUCGGCAGCCACCUUGCGUAGGGGCCGCAGACAUGCUGCGAGCGUGCAACACGCAUGCGUGUGUCGGCGAAUGGUCAUGCUGGAGUGAGUGGAGCGAAUGUAAUGGCGGCUGUGACAACGGUGUCACCGGUCAUCGAACACGCACGCGAAUGUGUUUGUCCCCUGAGGGUUGCGCAGACGCAGGUGCUGCGUUGGAAAGACGAAUCUGUGUAAACAACUGCGCAGAGUCGGAGGCGGGCUGGGGCGCGUGGGGCGCGUGGGGCGCGUGCGCGGGCGGCGAGCGCGUGCGGCGCCGCAGCUGCGAGGCGGGCGCGUGCGUGGGCGCGCAGCUGCAGGUGGCGCGCUGCGCCGACGACGAGCUGGACAACGAAUUAUACGCAAUGCCGGCAUACAGUCAGAACGUGCAAAUGGCAUCGUUCGUUACGAUGACGGACAAUGAGUCCCUCAGUAUCGGCGGCAUUGUAGGAUGUGUUGUCGCUGCUUUUGUUAUGGGCUGCCUAGUCUGCUUGGCCGGAGUAGUAUUCUGUCACCGGCGGGGCUGCCUACCGUGGAGCCGACAGCCACGUGUACCCUCUAGCCCUCACUACAUCACCGCUAAACAGAACAGCUACGUCACUGUGCCAUUGAAGGAAGUGCCACGAAAAGCGAAACGGCAACCAUCGUUUACGGGCAUCGGUAACUCAAGCGGCAUACUUCUUUCGAAGAGUAACAACAUUUCCAACGCAAAUCACAACAACCCCAUGACGACCCCUAAACUGUACCCUAAAGCUAUAGCCAACGAGUAUGACUCUAUGGGUACUCUACGAAGACACUCAAAUCAGCCGAACAACAAGACCAACAUUGAUGUUGAAGAGGACAAAUUCUAUUGAACAUAACGACACUGUUGUCUGUAGGACCGGAUUUACAGGGCUUGAGGCCUCGGGGCCACAGGCGUGGAGGCUCUGGAGCAACAGAGGAGUGGAGGCCUUAAUUUUUAUUUUACAAAUUAAGUUAAACAUUUUCAUUUGUCAGAAUUAUGUGAAUCUCGCCCCUCUCCUGUGGAGGCCUCUGGGCAGUUACCCCGGUUGCCGUCCCCUAAAUCCGGCCCUGGUUGUCUGGAUCUCAUGUAAGCUAUGACGCUCUAAAUAUUGACAUUGAAAAGGGCGUUCAUUUUCAUAGACAGUCAGAGAUAAUUACGUUUCGAAUAAGUCUCUGAGAAGUUUCAUUACAAAGACUUUUUUUAAGUCAGCUUAAAGGUAUUUUUGAUCCAUAACUAUCGAACUUUAUCUUAACGACAUCGUUCCCUAAAUUAAGUUAAAAGUAAAAGGUGAAUAAAAUUGGCUUUGGCUAAUUAACUUGGCGGUUAGAAAUUAUCUUUUAAAAUUGUGAAACUAUUUGAUGGUUAUUCCAAUGAUCCUUAAAAUAUAAUAGGUAUUAAACGAAAUGUUCAAAUCAAUAAUACAUUUUGAAAUUUUAGGGCAAUAAUGUUUUUACAAAUUUGUGUGAUAGAAAUGUUUGGAAUUUUUAUCG